UCUUGUUAAUGCAUUAAAAAUCAUUUUUCCAUUUUUUAUGCUUUUACUUUUAUAGGUCCUGUUUCAUAUAAAUCUAAACAUAUUUCAUUUAUUAACUAGGAGUUAAAAAGUAUUUAAUUAAUAUUUUCCUGUAUUUUAAGUUUUUAUGGCUACUAUCUCAAAUUAAUCUUCAAAAUGCAAGUUUUAUAGAAAUUUUUUAAUGAGAAUGGAAGACUAAAAGGUAAUGAGUUGUAUUACUCUCACUGUCAAAAUAUUUUUUGCUUAUUUCUACAAAAAUGUUUUUAAACAUAACAGUUAGAAUAUUUUUAUUAUACACUUUUAUUUCAUGAAAUGUUUUUGCCUACCUUAUCCUCAGUAUAUUAAUUUAGCCCAGCUAUAAUUGUUAUACAAUUUAUAUUUUUAUUAUUAUUUUAUAUAUUUUAAUUUGUAUGACGCUUUAAAAUUAAAUUUGAUGUUGCAUUGCAGCAUUUAUUGUAUUAGCUGCAUUUCUUAGUGUGGUAGAAAUUGCUUAAAUUAAAUAAAAAAGUUGCUAUGAAAAGUAUAAAAAUCCUUUGAAAUUAUUAAUAAUGUCUUUCAGAAUUUCUAUUUUGACUGACUGACUUCGUUUUUCCAUUUGUGGACAAAAUAAAUCAUCAAUUAGCUCAUAUAGUUAUAUCCACAAAAAUAGUGCUUUCUUAUAUUGUAUUAAUGUAGCCAAAGCAAAAUAUAUCAAUACAAUAGUGUGAGAACUCCAAAGGAUUUAUUAUAUAUACACAUGUAUAUAUACAAUAUAUUUUUAUGUAAUUUUAUUAGUUUAUUCUAUUUAUGUUUUUUAUAUUUAUCUUUUUUUUUCUUUCUAGAGAAUAUUCAAGAAUCUUUUGCUGAUUGGGAAAAUGAACUAAACAAACCUUUUCAUUGUUCAACUUGUGGAAAGGGAUUCAAUCAUAAUGGUAACCUGAAAGUUCACGAAAGAAUCCAUUCUGGAUCAGGUGAGUCUUCAUUCUAUAUUGGUGCUACAUCAUUCCUGCCUUUUGUGUCUCUCAAUUCUAAAUUGCAAGAAAGUAGAGUUUUUUCUUGUUCAGUUUGUGGAAAGUGCUUUAAUCGAAAGUAUGUACUGCAGGUUCAUGAACGAACUCAUUCAGAAAAGAAGUUCUACUCUUGCAGGUUCUGUGAUUAUACCUGCAAUCAGCUUUGUAGUUUAAGAGCACACAUAGUGUAUAAACAUAAGAAACAUUUCUCUGUUUUCUGUUCCAUAUGUGGAAAAGGUUUUAGCUCUAAACAAGAGUUGGCUAGUCACAAAAGACAUGAACAUAACUGAAAAAAAGAUUUUUUUUUUUAAAAUUUGACUUAAUUAAUUUUUAAUUUGUGAACUUAAUUAAUAUAUUUUACAUAUAUAGUUGAAUCAAAUUUACUUAUAAUAAUUUAUCUCUGUUGGUGUUUAAUGUUUUUCCAAACCAUAUUCUUUGCUUUUGCAACCAUAUUGAAAUAUUCUAAUAAAUUUAGCAGUUUUGCAGAUUAUACUAAGGCUUGUUUUAUAUAAUACUAACAUUACAAAGAUGCGAAAUAGCCAGUGUGUUUCCAUUUUAAACACUUAACCGAGGCUAAUUUUGUGGUGCAUUAUAAUUUCUUGUGUGUUUAAAUUGCUAAAAUAUAUUUUGAGACAUCUGACAAAUUAACCAUCUAUAAACAUGUCAUUUAAACAUUAAUAAACUCAUUUCUCAAAGUUAGCCAACAAUAUAUAAUUUUCUCAAAAUUAACUCUUAAUAUAUUAACUUAAAAAGUAUAAAUGAGUAUGAAGCUAUUACUCAUUUUUAACAUGCACAAAGCUAUAGCUUUAAUUGUCUUAAAGUACUUUAAAAUAUGCUAUCUAAUGCAAUGCAUAAAACAAA